AUCGGUUCAUCAUUUUGCCGCACACUAUCAUCGCGGCAACAUCGGCGUGGACGUACGGCGCUCGAAAAUGUACAUUGGCGUACUCGAAUCAUAGGCGAACGUUGGGCGUCAUAUUGGAGUCGAGAAAUUUUUUUUUGUUUCGAUAGUGUCCAUUGACGUAAAAACUAUUUAGCGAAUAGUAUUAAUAUUACAAUAUUAUUAUUGUCGUCUACUGCAAUUACGAGGAAUACUGCUGCUAACGAUCGCAUACCAGAAACAUUGAACUAUUUAAACAUGACAAAAGAAAAGUAUUUUAUUAUUUUAACAUUCAUUUUUGGAAUGGCAACAGCUCAGUUCAACAAUGAAUGCAAUACUCCAAAUUUUGAAAAAGGGAUUUGUGUCGAUAUUAAGCGCUGUCCAAAGUUACUAACUCUAUUAGAAAAUCAAAGACACGUGCCGUCUGUUUUGGUCUACCUUAAGAAAUCCUUCUGUGGAUUUGAAGGCAGAAAUACAAAAGUAUGUUGUGCUUUGGAAGAUAAUGUAACACCUACAAAACCAAACGUUCAGCAACAAACUGGAAACAUUGGUUUGGGUCUUAAAUUAAAAAUACCGUCGGAAACUACGUGUGGAAUAAGCAACGUCACCCGCAUUCGAAUCAUUGGAGGGAACCCAUCGGAAUUAGGGUCUUGGCCUUGGAUAGCAGCUUUGGGCUAUCAGAGUUUAAAUAAAAAUAACCGUGCGAUACAGUGGAAUUGCGGUGGUACAUUAAUAACAAACUCACUCGUGCUAACAGCCGCACACUGUGUUCACAAUAUUAAGAACGCAAAAAUGACUACUGUACGGUUAGGCGAGUUAGAUUUAGAUCCUGAAGUCAUGGACAACGCAAUGCCAUUAGACGUUCCGGUCGAACGUAUCAUCAUUCACGAGCAAUAUAACGAAAACAAGAUAGCCAAUGACAUAGCAUUAGUUAAAUUAAAAAAUAGUGUCACUUUUAACGAAUUGAUACAACCUAUAUGUAUGCCAAUGUCUUCAGCUAUGAAAAACAUAGAUAUGUCGAGAAGUUUGCCAUUUGUUGCCGGUUGGGGUACCACUCUACCUACGUUUUCUUACAGUUUUCCGAGAGUAACUACAUUGAUGGAAGUUCAAGUUCCAAUAACAAGCACUAAGCAAUGUAAAGAUGCAUAUGCAAACGAACCAGCUGCAGUAAUUGACGACAGAGUGCUAUGUGCUGGAUUUCCAGAGGGAGGAAAAGACUCAUGCAGAGGUGAUUCAGGAGGUCCAUUAAUGUUUCCAAAAGGAAAACAAUAUUAUUUGAUGGGUAUUGUUUCUUUCGGGCAUAAAAGAUGUGGCGAACCAGGAUUCCCAGGCGUGUACACUAGGCUACCUUCUUUCAUGGAUUGGGUUAUUGAUAAAAUAGGUAAAUAUUUUAAAACAGUGGUGCGCUUAGGAGAUUUGUAUUUGGAUUUUAAUGUCAACGAUGAAGCAACACCGUUAGAUGUUCAAAUGGAUAGUAUGAUACACGAGAUUCUCAAUAUGAAGAAAGAACAAUAUUUUAUUUUUGUGACCUUUAUAAUCAGAAUGAUAACUUCUCUGCCCUAUAGCGGAAUUGUAUUUAUAGAUUCGACUGAAUCAAUAGGUCAAGUAAGAUUAAGUACUUCCUAUUUAGAGUUCGCGUCUACAGUUACGACAAAAGAGAGGAGGAAGGAUAAUGCUUCUAAAUUGCCAGCACAAUCCAUAUGUGGCAAAAGAAAAGCCCCAAGCUUUCGAAUAUUUGGAGGAAGUGAAUCAGAAUUAGGUGCUUGGCCAUGGAUGGUAGCCCUAGGAUACAAGAAUCCAGAUGAAAACAAAAGUUCUGUAGAAUGGUUAUGUAGUGGUACAUUAAUUUCUAAUACACACGUUUUAACUGCCUCCACAUGCGUGGCCAACACUGGAAGAAAAGUAUUAACGGUGGCACGUUUAGGUGAGUUGGACUUGGAUAACAUGGUCGAUGACGGAGCAACACCUUUAGAUAUUCCGAUCAAACGUAUUAUACAACAUGAGGAGUACGACUCACGAAAAUCCAUCAAUAACAUUGCAAUACUGGUGUUAAAAUAUAGUGUUACUUUUAACGAAUUGAUCCAACCUAUUUGCUUACCAACAUCGUUGGAUAUGGGAACUGUCGAAUCAGCAUAUAAUAUGCCAUUUGUUGCAGGUUGGGGAAGUACCAAUGCUUCUCCUCAAAAAAAUAAGACGGGUUCAACGUCUUUAAUGGAAGUUCAAAUACCGAUCUCGAAUUUAACAGCAUGUAAACAGACAUAUGCAUCUUAUAAUACCAUCAUCGAUGAUAGGGUGAUAUGUGCUGGAUAUCCAGAAGGAGGAAAAGACUCUUGUCAGGGCGAUUCCGGUAGUCCGUUAAUGUGGCUUAAGAGAAAAAAGUUUUAUUUGAUUGGAAUUGUUUCUUAUGGUUAUAAGGUAUGUGGUAAUCCAGGUUAUCCAGGCGUAUACACUAGAGUAGCAUCCUAUAUGGAUUGGAUUUUAAAUACUAUAAACAACUAAUGCACUUAAACUCUAUUUAUUUUAAGAUUUAAAGUAAUUUUAAAUAAACUGUACAUCUAAUAAUGAUUAAUUAUACGCUUUAUUAAUUUAUGUAAAUUACACUAGAAUUUGUGUAUUUUAUUUAGGUAACAGAUAAUUAUUUUAACGAUGUUAAGUAUCUAAAUAGCUUUUAUUAAAAUAAUUUUUAUUUGACCACCGUUAUAUGGUGUGAUUAGCAUAGGUACUUAUUACUUAAUAUAAUACAUAAUAUUUUCAAAUUACAUAAAAAUAAAACACCGACGACAGAUUUGGCUAUGAAUAUCUUCAUUUAUCGUUUUAAAAUAUUCUAUUUUAUUCAUUUAUAUGUAUAAUUUAUGAAAAUUAACAAUUGUUAUUGAUGAUAUAUUUGUAUACACUUUGCAUAUUUUUAAAUAUAACUUUAUAAUUAUUAUUUA